GUAAGAUAGUCAUAAAUAACGGGGCCUUUCACUUUCAGUGUUCCCAACACGGUGCCGUAUGUGUACCGUGACGAUCCCUGGCGACUUUUUUGGGGGAGGAGCUGCAUACAGCGUCGAAGUCAUCAAUACAAUAAAGAUUUCAAAUAAAAAAUUAUGAUCAGAGUGACCCCACAGGAAAAAGACUUCCAUCUCCAGCAGGGACUGGGAGGAUUUCAGAUCAUCCCAUGAGACUAGGCGCAUGUGCUGUACGCGGUGGGAACGAGCGCCAUCUCACGCUUGGUUGACGCCCCCAAGUUGGCAUGUCAAUGGAGGGCGUUUUCACAUGCGCUUAUUUUUUUUUUUUUUGAGAGAGCGCUAGAUCAAGAUGGCAGCGCGCAGUGGUAGUGUGUCGGAAAGUGAUCGAUGGCUCUCCGAAAUUGUUCAAUUUCGGAAAAAUUCAGUGACGUUUUUGAACACACGACAAAUUGAGGCUGGUGAAUUUGUGCUGGAUAUUUUACAAGCGCUGUACUCUGACAAGCUUGGUAACACCAUCCGGGUUGUUCUGCUUACCAUUUUACAAGAAAAAGCAUCAUGUUUAAUGUCUACACCAGAUAGUAUUGAACAGACAGUUGGUUCCCUGACAAGCAUGUACAAUCAGACAACCCUUGAAACGGGAGCUUUCUACAAGAGCCAGUUGCUCGUCACUGUGACAACAAUAUUGCUGGAAACCGGGCAGCUGGAAGCACAGCCGCAGCUGUUCACAGAUCUUGUGGAACUUCUUCUGGACACGGUGUCAAAGGUCAACCGUACCGCAGAUCAGACCGUUCGAGGGACAGCCUGCCAGUGCCUCAGUGAAAUAGAGACAAUGCACCCGGGUAUUUUGAUGAGGAAAUUGGAGCACAUUUAUGCCAUGAGUCAGCUAGAGUGUACGCACAUCUGUCAGAAUUACAUGGCCUUGUUUGUGCAGGUUCUGAAGAAUUCCAUUGACAUUCUGCUGAAGAGUGGAAACAGAUUUCAUGGCAGUGAAGUGACCGAUCUUCUCAGUAGCAGGACAGAACCACUCAAGCCCCUUGCGCUUCCAGAAGAUUUCAGCAAGAAAAUGUUUCAGCUAGGUUCACCACCGGACUCCUCGUUAAGAUGCUUCCCUGAGGACGUAGAUUGUAAGGAGCUGCUGAGGUGUUUGUCAUUUCUGUUGGACAACCUUUAUCUCAUGACCACGGCCUGUGCCGUGACGACGCUCCUUAAACUCGUCGACUGCAUGGCGACGUCCCCUCAAAUUGCACCGCACAUUCUGAGGCCCUUUGUGACGCGGGUUGAAGCUUCACUGGAUGUAGCAUUAUUCCAUGUAGUGCUGAUGCUCAAGCUGAGGUUCGGCAGAGAACUCAUGACCGAUGCUGAAGAGGAAUUGCUCCUGGACAGGCUAGUCUCCUGCUCCAGUCACCCUUGCCUGAUGCCAGGGCACAGACUGCUCUGCUAUCAGUGGCUCCUCAACUUCCCUGAAAACAAGGUUUCUGUUUCCGAUUCGGAGAGUCAUUUACCUGCUGCCCUGGACUACAGCAAGACUGCAUCCUUGUACCCAGGGGUAUUUGAUGGUUUGGAUACCACUCUCAUUAAACUCAACCUGCUGAGUCUCUGCUUCACUCCAAGCCAUGUUCAAGAUUCGGCUUCAACCACGUUAAUGGGUUGCUUAGUACCGCUACAGAAGUCCAUUCAUUAUGGAAUCACUGGCCGCCCCGCUGUCACGCUCUACCGAGCGCUUUAUUUGUACUACCGGCGACACUGCGACACUGUCCUGAGAGAGGAGAUCUACAAGCUGAUUGUAACCAUAGUGACGGAGCAACCAAAGUUUGUGCCCCACACCAUCAAUUUCAUUGAGUGCAUCAACAGAAUCGACACCAACGACUCUUUCCCUACGGAGUUGCUUCAGUCUUCCAUGGAGAAUAUUGUGUCCACUCCUCCCUCAGACGUCAUAGAGGAUUUGGAGUAUCAUCUUCUCCUACUUGAGAAAGUCUGUGAGGAGAAGAGCAUUCCACCAAAGCCUGUGGUGGUGUUCCUCCAUCAACUUCUCAAUUCCACAUCCAUCGCAGCCAGUGGCAGCUGGUUGCUAGGCAACUGCAUCCUAUCCGUUUGCCACAGCAUUAUGCAGCAUCAUGAUACGACAGACAUCUUCAAAGAGUCUGGCCAGUUGCUGUUUGAGUUGCUGACAAGCUACGGUGACCUGGACAUCAGAGACAGAGCGCGGUUCUACUAUGCAAUGCUCACCAACAUUUCGAGCCAAAAGAUUUCAAGUAUCCUGUCAUCUGCUGGCACUACUCACAGCUUGACCAGGCUGGUGACUGGCAGCUCCAAUUUCGACAUUCCACCUCCCGUACAGAAGCUCAGCGAGCCUGUUCUUUGUCUAACUAGGAUUCAGAGAAGACCAAAGUGCUCGACGUUUGCCUAUUCUACUUGUGGACAGUAUCUGCAGGAGCUCCAGUCAUAUAGCCAGCCACCUGCCGUUCAUAUGGACUACUACCUGCAUUAUACCGAUGCAGACGUGACACCGUCCAUGGACAAACUGUACACGCUGGUUCUACACGUUGACGUCCCAAAGAGCUACAGAGAGAUACCAGAUGUAGCUCUGUCUUGCCUUGUCUUGGAGGAAUCUCGACAGCCAUCAGACACCUGCCAGGUCAUCUCCUUACCGAUUCAACCCCUGGAACCUGUGCCGUCAAAACUCCCCGUCAGUGUGGUGUUCAUGACGGCUGAUGGCCAAACAUCCACUGGUAGUCUCUCUCCAGUCCACAUUCAGUUCUCAGACCUCUACUUGCCCAUGCCAGUCAGCUCAUCUGACAGACCAGGAUUAUUUGACGCUUUGUGGAAACACAUACAAAACCACAGUAGCGGCAUGUGCGCUGAAUCAGUCUGUACCUUGCUGCUGAGCAAGGCAGCCAUGUUGGGAGUGAUUCAGGAUCAACUACAAGACUACAGAAUUAACCAUGAUGCAAAAGAGGAUGUUGCAAGGAUAGGCAUCUUUCUCCCUCCGUCCUGGCAUGUGCUGCUCAAAGUUACCACCAAGCAGGACAUGGCAGUGGUUGCCAUAGCGACGGACAACUGGAAAGUCUUGCCGCUGGUCGACUCGUUCUUGCAUCAGUUAGAGGAGAGUUGUGCCAGAUGAGGAACGGAGCUCAGUGAACUGACUGAACUGAUCAUGAACAGCAUCACACAAGUUUUUUCUAAAACAUCCGCCAAUCAAUUUCUUACAGAUCUGGCGUUCAAAUCAGCACUGAAGCAGCGUCUUUGCUCUGAAAUGAUACUUGCAUGAGGGCGUAAGCUCAUCAUGAAGGAACCAUUGUAGGUUUAAGUCAGAGACACGUACCUGAAGUCGUUGUUGAUGUUGAGCAUGUGCUAAGCAGUCUGGUGGCACUUGUCGCUGUUGGACAGCUCUGUAGAAAACGAUAUAUGAUGGAUGGAAGUUAUCAACUGCAUACAUUGAAACACCUCAUGUGAUCUGGCUAUCCCUAAUUGGCCGGUUAUUGUAUUUCUCAAGUCAUUCCAAAUUCUGGUGGAACAUAUGAAUUCAGUAGACCUGUGGAAUGCUAUCAAAUCGCAUUCUCUCUAACCCGUGCAAAAUAUGCCCCUGGCAACGAAACGAUCCAUCAAGCACCGUUGCUGCCCUGCCUUCAUUAAUUGCCUACAGAAAGGUGCUACAGCUUGUACACAUUCAGAUGAAAGUAAGUGGCGUAAACUUUGCUCCAUACGCGUGCCAACCAGUCUGUGCACACAAUUUGUCCUUCAUUGGCUGUCUCAAGACUCGUUACUGUUUUUUUACUGGUCCAAUGCACAGACCUCCCUGUUUUUGUGCACAAGCGUGGCGUACAUAGUGGGGACCUCCACACAAAGAAGUCCGCAUAAUGUAGGGUUGCAAGACACUGUGUGGACUGCCACACAUUCACACAGUGGUUCCCCUCUCCGAAAAAAAAGCUUCAGGGGCAUUUUGGGGUCAGGGUGUUCUGCGACAGAAUAAAGAGGAACAGUCCAGGAAAUCAUGAACAAAAAUCCAGCUUGAAGGAGUAAGAACGGGAGAAAAAGGAGCAGUUCGCCUGAUUUUUCUUAACCAAAGAGCAAAGGAAUGUCCACCUUAGGUAUGUAAAACAAGCACGAGGGAGUGUGUUUUCUUUUGUUUUGUUUUUUUUCAGGCUCGAUUCUAGCUACAUCCCUCUUAUUUGUGUAUGGUCAUCAGAGUAGACAAGGACCUUGACUACAAUACCGUGCUCUUGGUAUUGCUCUGGUCACAGUCGUUUAUUUAAAAAAGAUAGAACUAUGCAAUCCUGGUCAAAUCUGGUAAUACGAAGGGCUGUUUAAGUACGGAAACAACUUCACUUUAGUUUCUUUGAAUGUGGGCAGUUGUCUCAGUGAGUUACGGAGGGGAUUAUCACAACCACUUCAGUCUUAAUAUACUUCAUUAUGUGCACUCCAAGAAGAUACUGAGGAAUGAACCGACCUGUUUUCGUGUUGUUUGAAAAAAUCCAGAAAUGUUCUGUGACAUUGAAGAUGCAGCUGUCCAUGCAACACAGUCUUGGUUAAAAGCAGCGAUUCUAAGAGCUGUCAAGAAUUGACGAAUGUAAAGAGUAGAACAGAAAUGCCUACAACUUGUUCAAAUAUCUUUUUGUUGUUGUUGUUGUUGUUUGUUUUUCCAUAACAUUCUUUUGUAUAAGUUAUCCCAAGCAUUGAUAUGAAAUUCGAUCAAUUACGGUCCACACAACUGAAGGUGCUUGUUAAAGUAUAGUCUUAACUCGAAAUUCACAUGUAAAUCAUUGAAAAUUAUCUUAUCUUUGAAGGAAAUGUUAAUCAAAUUACAAAGUUAUCUUCAUAAAAUAUCUGCGGUGA